AUGUCCAGUACGUCAAAUGGCACCGCAUCACCGAAGUCGACUCCAGACGUUUCGCGAAGACGAACUCCUUCUCCACGAACGAAAGACGUCGGCAGGCGCUCACCGGAAUCGGUCAACUAUUGUGCAGUUCCGUCGGGAUCGUGUCAUAGUUCUACGUCUGCCUCAAUGCCUACUCACUCUUCGGGAGGCUUACAGGGAGUUUAUGUAGAACGUCUUCCACCUCGAAGUGAUGGAACUGUUAAAGAAGCUAUACGUGAUGCCUUGAAAAAGCAUGGACGAAUCGUUGACAUUUCGAUUGAAGGAGAUGGAGAUUCCAGGAAGGCGCUCGUCAUUUUCCAACGAGUUGUUGAUAUGGAGAAAUUAGUCAACGACUCACACAUUUCAAUUUUAUCCAUGCGUGUGAGGAUUCGAGCGGCUAGUCAUGUUGUUGUUCAGGAAGCUUAUAACGAUUAUCUGUCACUAAACAGCCCAGCUGGUAGUGGAGCCAUGGUGACUUCAGUCGCCGAUCUUCCAGCGAAAUAUGCUUCCCCUAAUUGUAGCAGGAAUGAGGUUGACGUUUUUCAUCCUAAGGCAUCUCGUACGCUGUAUGUUGGUGGAUUGGAAAGCCGAAUCUCAGACGAUACGCUGCGUCGUCGAUUUGGAAAGUACGGCUUGAUUUUGGAUGUUGAUGUAAAGAACUACGAGUCACCGUCACCAUUCGCGUUCAUCCAGUUUGCUGAUAUAGAGUCUGCUGUUCGGGCAAUAAAUGCACAUUCAAGUAGUGUAGUACACGCAAACAGGAAAGGAAAGAAAUUCCAGCCGAAUUUCGGAAGGUCGAUGACAACAAAUAAGUUGUGGGUUGGUUCAAUCCCUCCUCAAAUAGGCGAGGACUAUGUAAUUCAGAAGCUUCGCUCGUUAUCCGAAGGCGUUGUGGAUGUCGUCGUCGAUAUGAGGGUGCGUCAGGCCAUUGUCGUCUUCUCAUCAACCGAGGGUGCGCAGGCUGCUCUGAAUCGUAUAAAAGCUGGCGUUCCAAAGCAGUUUGUGUUCAAAGUGGAAAGUGGUGAGGCACGUGUGCCAGCGGAUUUCUGUUCUGAUCGUUUGCAUGAUCACUUCAUUGACCGAAAACACGGUGGUGUACCAGUGAAGACCCAGGUUUCUUCCACUGCUUGUACUACCAGUGCUGAUUACAUUGCCGUCAGUACUCCUGCGAUACAAGUUGACGAUUCGUUAACCGCUUUUCUCGCUCCUCCACCGGAUCCGCCUAGCGAUAUGAUCAGUGCAUCGUCCGAAUCGUCAGCGUCAUCAAGUGAGGAGUCAUCACCAACAAGGCUUCGUUCUGGAUCGAAUGAUAGUCGGACUUCGAGUCCAUUGUCGUAUAGUCAGCGGGUCAAAGAUAGGCGUCGUGAUGAGAGACGUGAAAUUCGUUGCGAUAGAAAUGUCAAUGGAAAACCUCGAAAUAUGUCUUCGACUCGGCGUAGUCCAUUUGAAAAUUCGAGAUGGGCGGAUCGCAAAACAAUCAGACAUUGCUCGUCGGCUUUGGAGGAAAGAAUACAUCCGGAAAUGCCGUCUUCGGGCACCGUAGUUUCGAGCGCUGCAGACAUAGUUAUUCCCACUGUUGACGAUCGCAAAAGCGGGGACAGUGGGUUCUACGACGAUGUUUCGCGACCGCCCCUUGAUCCACCUCCUAAACCACCACCAAUGGAGGUCCUCUCGCAGAAUUCGUCACCACCUCCUGCUGAUCCUCCAUCGGUCUCUUCACAGCAUCGUCACCAUUCUUUGUCUUCUGGGCCAGGGCCGUCGACAGCUACGUCGUGCAACCUUAACACUCCUGGUUCUCAAAAAAGGCACUCGGUUGAUGCGCAACCAUCUGUAACUCGUCCACAUUCGACCUCAACGUCAUCACAGAAGUCACGAACAGGAAAGUGGCCAUGGAAUGAGCUGCUUCGAAAUCCCUGCAUUUUUUUCGACACUGCAAACGUCUCCUUACCCGACCCAAGGUUAUCGCGCAGUGAAUAUUGUCGGGUGGUUUCGUCUCAUCUUCCACUUCCACCUUUCUGGAACUCUGAUCGCCAUCCUCGAUCAGUGGCUGGGGAAUGGAGGAAACGCUCAUCCGGAAGUGCAGCUAGUGUGGAUGGCGUUCAGUCACUAUCACAACAUCGUACGAGCAGUAAUGUUGGAAUCACUUCUGUUUGUCGAUCUCACGUCACUUCAUCAGACGAACGACCUCAUUUACACACUCAUAUUUCUGGAUAUGUUAAUGCACAGCACCAUGCGACUGUAUCGCGGAGUUCUAGUAGUAGCGGUGCAAGUGGUGUACUAGACAGCGACGCACAGCUUUCUCCUGAUGCAGCUCCUCUUCCGCCACCUCCUCCUUCGGCACUGGAUCUUCUUUGUGAACCCGACGACAUACCCAUUUUAGCCGACGGUUGGAGUGGGCGACUGGCAGAGAUUGGCUCACGCCUUACCGACGUAAACGCUUCAUUAGAAGAAGCACAUCGAGGUGUUGCUGAGCUUGACGAGCACCAUCAUCGCAGGCCUUCCACGUCUACGACAGAAACGACACCAACGUCAUCUCGUCAACGACAGUCUGGGGUUUCAGGAGUUACACCACGUACCGACUCAUUUGAAGAACGCUUGCGAAGCAUAAAUCAGAAGAAGAAAUCUUCUUUUGACGACUUUACUCUGAAUAUUACACAAGAGCGUAUUCUCGCUGCAAAGGCUUCUGCACCAGAUCCACUGAGUGUCACUCCUUUCUCUGGAAUUUCUUCCGGAAGCGGUCUCUCUUCAAGCGGAUUCAGUAGAAAUACGACCUUGCAGCGUCCUGCUCCUGCUCUCUCUAUCACCAUACCUCAACUGGGAAGCGGAUCUCAGAGCACUGCCACAACUCCAGCUUCUAACAAACUUGAUUCACCUCUGUCAUCGCGAAAGAGUGGAACUCCGUGCACUACCGCAUCUACGCCAUUACCAUCAUCGUCAGCGCUACCUACGUCUUCUUCGACUCCACCAAUUCGCUUGACUGCACCUCCAACUGCUCCUGUUAUAGCAUAUCCUCCAAAUUUCUCUGUUCCACCGCCAAAUUUUCCAGUUACUCCGCCUUUUGUCUACGCUCCUUCAACAACUCCUGAUUCGCAAACAUCACCUAUUAUCUCUGCGCCACCUCCUCCGCCACAACUUCCUCCUACAGUGCUGGUUUGCUUUCAAUACAAUUGUCUUGACUUCAUCGUCAUCGGCCAUGUUUACUUUUUUCAGGAACCAACAACACAUCGAGAUAACUCAUUAUGGAAGAGUCCAACUGUCACAUCGGGAAACAGUUUUGCUUUUAAGUGUAGCGGUCCGACCAGAGUUUCAAAUUCACGGUUAUCACAAGACGCUGUUUGUCACCAGGAUAGUGCUGUUCAAACGCCACAUCGGACAACUUUGUAUGGAGUGCCUGGUCCUUUUCAACCAUCGCCUGUUAUAACGGCAUUGGCACCGCAUUUUCCUCAGCCGACGCCACUCACAUCAGGAGCUCCUAAAACUCUUUCGCAUAACAAAACCACAACAAAUCCACAGCGAACGGGCGAGAAGCAUUUGACACCACGUCAUGAUGGUGUGUCUGCAAUAAAAUCACCAGUUUAUGGUUCAACGUUAGCUGCAAAGCCAUUGUCUACCUCUGAAAAUCGUAAAUGUGGAGUUGCGCCGAUUGCGCACAAGGAUCCCUCAACUGAACUUCUUGCCGAGCUAUUCCACAAUAAACCUCCAACAACAGACUUUCGGAAACUUCCAAAAAUCGAGAAGAAACCUUCUGCUAGUUCGACUCAUGCUGAAAAAGAUCAUGCGAACCAGGAACAGUUGAGGAAGAUUUCUUCAGCGCAGGAUCAUUAUAGAAAGGAAAAGGAACACAAACUGAAUAGAAAGAAAGAGGGUUUGUUCGAAACUAAGGAAGAACGCGCCAAGCGGAAGGACGCUGAAAGAGCGAAGCGAGAACGAGAAAAAGUCAAAGAUCAAAAGCGAGAGAAGAAGAUGAAAGAAGAACGCAAAAAGUCCAAAGAUGAGGAAAAAGAGAAGAAAGAGAGAAGAGCAAGAAAAGUUGAAAAAGAGCGACAACGAGAGAAAAAGUCUAAGAAACAAAAGAAAAAGUCAAGGGCAAGUUCUUCUGAUGACGAUAGCUCCAGUGAGGAUAGCGACUACCAGAAAGCGUUCAGUAAGCAAAUGGCUCAUCUUGUUGCCGAAGACAGUGGAUCGAGCUGUGCCGGUGCUAGUGGUGGUCUUUCGAUGUACGACCGGGUGAAGAGACGCAGCUCUGCUGCAAAUAAGGAUGAACGAACAAAGAAAUCUGCUGCCCUUCAAAAGUUACGGGACAAAAACAACGAAAAAAAGAGUCUGAAGCGGCAUCGCAUCCAGUUAGAUUCGUCAGAUGAGGAAGAGCAUGAAGGCAAUAUCUCCAUGCGGAAAGUUGUAGAUUCUGAAAUAGAUGUUUCGUCUGAGGACGACAACCAAGUGAUUCAGAGAGAUGAAAACCAGAACGUGGAUAGUAGUGAAAAUGAGGAGUAUAAAAGGAAGCAUGAGUGGUCUACCGAUGAAUCUGGAGAAUCUGAUAGUGGAAAUCAGAAGAAACAUCGAAAGACAAUAAAGAAGACGGCAGAGAAACAGAAGCAUGGCAAGAAUGUUAAUAUGGAUGACGUAUUUGGUGUCGAUAGUACGGAUGACGAGGUAAUUGUAGGGCCCGAAGAAAUAGAUAAGAAGAGAAAAAAAUCGAGAAAGGAGUCAUCCGAUGAAGACGAAGUACCGAAAAAGAAACCCGGCAAAUCCGAAAGACUUGAUUUCCAAUCUAUCUUUGGACCAGAUAAACCGGAAAAGGGUCGAAAAAGAGAUAAAGAUAAAAUGGAUAAAAAACAUCAUGCUGAAGAAGAAAUGAAGGACUGUAAAAAAGAUAUAGCCAAACGUAAAAACGACGUUCAUGAUAUCAAGCCGGCUAAGCGUCAGAAAAAGUGUCAUCAAUCAGGUGGAACGAGUGCUUCUGAAGAAGAAUCGCAGAAUGCUUCACAGAAAAGUGAAGAAAAUAAGAUUAAAUGCAUUGUAGAUGGGAAGGUGGACCUCGCAAAUGUUAAAGAUGAGCAAGCUUCAUCAGAAAUGGAUGCAAAAACUACGUCUACGCCUACAAAUUUGCCGACAUCUUUGAUAAGUGAGCAGAUAAGUCGUCCAAAACUCCUCACAAAAGCUGCAAUGAAAAUAUUCGUGCCAAGUCAGUCAGCUGUUGCGACGUCCACUGUUUCUACUACUCAGCCAUCGACUGAAGCGGAUUCGGACAACUCAACAGAUUACGAUGAUGUCUUCGCUAGCACUGUGUCUGAGUCAAACAGUGGACAACAGUGCGCUUCUAUCGCUUCGCAUGUGCCCGUACGACGAGUGAGCACCUCCAGCUCGGCGACAACAGAACCCGAAGAUGCCACCGAAUCAGAUUCCGAUUCACAACGUUCUCGACAUCAUGCUGUUGAACUAGUUGACGCUGCAGCUGGCUAUGCAAGCGUAUAUGAGUCAUCUGCACCGAACGUUGGCGAUGUCACUGCUUUUGAUGAAGUGGGCCUAAAUGAGGAUUCAUCUUCUCGUAAUUCUAUCGUUUCAUCAAAGUGUAAAGAUGUGGAUCUUGUGGGUUGCUGCGCACAUUUGCAAAACGAACAUAAAGUACUUGUUUCACCUACUGCGACAGAAAUGACAUGCACAUUUGAGCAGACUGCAGUGAAUGGAGAACCAGGAAAAGCUGCAAAUAGCAUUUCCGAUGUACAGGAGACCGAAGAUGCUGUUAAGUCCAUCUUUGAUGGUGAUGAUGAAGAAGAAGAACCACAAUAUCCCACACUUGUGUUCGUUCCGGGUAAAAAUGGAGCUGUGGUUGCUUCAACUGGAUUGACCAGUGUUGGUGAGGCGGGCUUAACUUCUACUAGCGUUAGUGCUACCAACGAAGGAACUACUAGAGAGACCGAUGCUAUCUCAGAUGUUGAUGGUGGAGAAAACGCCAACGUCGCCUCGGGUGAUGUAUCUGAUGAACAACUACUGCGGGAAUCCUUUGUGGAGGAACCUAUUUUAGAAGAAAAACUCGCCAUUGAGAAAUUGGAAGCGCCGUGCAGUGUCAAAGAACGGCCAUCGACUGAGCUUUCGUCAAACGUGGUUCAGCUUGAUGAUGACGAUGAUAUUGUAGUGGUUCCAUGUUCAGAUACCUUGAAAGAGCAUAAAUCUUCAUGCAGCAUAUCUCAGCCUUUUGGCUGUGACGGAAUUUCGUCGACUACUGUUGCAAUUCCGGAUCGGAAAGUUUCUACUCCAUUACUGUCGCCCAAAACAUCGAUUAACGCUGAGCAUGGGACUUUUGUACAACCAUCGGCUAUGCAUCCACUGAAAGAAUCUCCUGUUUCGUCAUCUGUAAACGUGUCCGUUCUCUCAAGUUCAUCACCUGUUCCGGGAGCUAUAUCUCUAGGCACAUCGGUCGUGUCUCAGGGUGGUAUACAUCAAAUGUACAACCGUUUCCAACAACCCUCGUUUACAAAUUCGAGUGUGUUGCAACAGCAGCAAACAUAUCAACAGGCGCAAGCUCAGCCGCGUCCACUGUCGCAACAGCAUUUGUUUCAACAACAGCUAGCCGCUCAACAAAUGGCUCUACAACAACAGCAACAGCAAAUUUUGGCACAACAGCAACUAGAAAUUCAGCAACAGCGGGAACGUGAGCGAGAUCGGGAGAUAACUUUUCAGAAAGAAAGGGAUUUGCAACAGCAUCGUGAGCGAGAGAUUCAACAACAACUUCAGCAGCAAAUAUUUCAACACCAACAACAACAACAGCAACAACAACAUCAAAAGGAAACUGUUACAACUUCACGAGUUGUGAAAUCGCAAACACCGGCUACAGCUCAGUCACCAGCUCCACAUCCAGCUACUCCAGUUAGCCAACAAGCUGCACUGGCUGCUCAAACAUUGAAACUGCAAUUACAACAAAUGCAGAUGAUUCAGAUGGCUUCAAGGGAUUCAAUAGGAUAUUUUCAACAGAUGUCACAAACGUUUGGCCAACCAGUAGCAACAGCGCUUUUGGCUCAGAUACAAGCAUUGCAGCAAUUGCCAACAUCUCAAGCGCAGCAGUUCUUAAUCGAAUUGCAAAGGCAACAGAUAAAGGCACAACAAGAAGCGUCAUCGACGGCUUCUCCAUCUCCACAGCCUAUACAGCAGGAGCGUGAACGCUUGAUCAAGGAAUCACAAUUGAGAGCAAUCCGUGAGCGUGACGCUCUCCAUCAACAUCAUGCGCAAUCAACACAGCAACAGCAGGCUGCUGCCCUCUACGCAUACCGUCUCACUCAGCAACAGCUUCUUUCGCAACAGAAUGCAGCGCAGACUUCUCCGUCGGUUUGUCAGCCGUCGGGCUCUGUUUUUGCUGGUACGAUUUCACAAGAACGAAAAAGUAUAGCAGUGCCAUCGCAGUUACAUCCGCUAGAAAAUGCCACUCAAACGAUGCUCUCUUCGUCAUCAACUGCUAUACCAUCUCCAUCGGGGGUAUCGUCAUCUGGACAUUCUGCUGAUGUUGCUAAGCCUCGCGCAACAGAGAUUGGUGUAAAGCGAAGUAGAAAAGCAGCGGAACCUCAGCAUCUCUCAUCGUUCUGUAUUUCGUCCCCCGAAGAAACAAUGAAUCCUUCGUCGACGAUUUCGUUGACAGGCGAUGCACAAGGUAUCAGCGAACAUGCCAGUAACAUUCUGAAUUUAGCUGGUGCCAUUGCAAUGAAUAGUCUGCUUGCCAUCAAUCAGCAGGCUACAAUUGGAGGCUUUUUAACAAAUACUCACUUAGCUGCUCAAAAUCCGUUACUGGUAAAUGCUGCCAAGAUGGUGUUGGGUAUGAACCUUGUUAACGCGACGGAAAAUAACGUUGAGCGUCCGUCCGCAUCGAAUUCGGCAUCUGAACUUUUGUCACAGAUUACUUCUCAUCCCGAUGUGACUACUCAAUCUCUGACAAGUUUACAGAAGGCUGCACUUUUUCAGAAGUACGCAGUAUUCGGCAGAAGUCAGGCUCCAAAUGUUAAUCCCCAAUUGGCCGCUGUGCAGACAUCACUAAUACGGACUACUGGGAGCGAAAGCAGCCAGCAAAAUGAUCGCAAACGUUCGUUCCCAUCAACAGAGAUUUCCAGUCACGUUGUUGAGUUACGAAAACGUGUUUAUUCAGACACUAGUGCACUAAAUGCUCAGAGGAAAUCUGGGCGAUUUUCCUUUCCUCAUGUUCCAGUGUCUAAGGAUGACAUGGAACGUUGUUUAAAUAGGAUUCUGAAUGAAGAAAUCUACAACAUAUAUGAGGAUGAUGUAAAGUCUGAUCAAAAGACCGAAUCACCAGCUUCGUCACCAGAAGACAAUAGGGCAUAUGGAAGUAUGAGUCCUUGCUUACCUGUUGGACGGAAACUAUCAAUAGAUGAGAUUUUAUCAAUUAUUGCUAGUCGUCCAUCCAUCAAAAAAGAAGGUGGAAUUGCAUCACUCGGGUCUGCGUUUCGUAAAGUAAGCGGUCGACCGCAUAACUUAGAUUCUACUUCACAUGAAGUCUUAGUAUUGGACAGUCCUCUCGCAUGGUCCACGUCGGUGUCACCUGCCAGCAGUUCACCGCGAGGUUCUGAAACGGAGGUUGCGCCGAUCUCUCAGGAAAUAAUCAAUCAGUUACACGACUUAGCUAUUUCGCAUCGCGAAGCCGAUCGGGACAAUUUGAGUAAUGAAAAAACCCUCACAAGAGAAGAGCAACUGAAGCGUUUCCCUGUUGUAUGGCAAGGAACACUGGCAAUGAAACAUUCGGAGACCACAGUGCAGAUGCAUUUGGUAUACGGUUCAGUGGAAAUGCUCAUGCGUUGUCUUGGUGAUGCUAAUGCUGAUGCAAAGAAUGCUGUCGUUAUUCGCGUGAACCAACGAAUGCGUCUCGAGCAUGCCCAGGUUCAAGUUGCAGGAAUGGUUGCAAAAAUGUCGGAUGCGGGUCGCUUCGCGUGCAUGAUUUGCCUACCUUGCGGGCCUUCUCGUGACGAAAUAAUCACAAAUUCGGACAUAUUUCGAACAGCUUUCAUUGAGUACUUUGCCAGCAAACAAGCUGCUGGAAUUGCUGUUAUGCCGCAAACGGAAACUACUACAGGGUGUUUAGUGCAUGUUUUCCCACCGGGCGACUUUCCAUCCAGCUACCUCCAGUAUUAUUCUCCACAGCUUUAUGAGUCAAUAACGACUCGUCAGGCAUUAUUUUUGUUUGUCGUUCUAACACCUGAUGAGUCUUCAAGACCUCUUACAUCGUAG